AUGAACGAGUUAUUACAGAAACACGGCUGUUCAAACGUAUUUAGUGUUCCCGAGGGCUUGAAGGAGCUGAUGUCGGACAUCUCACGUGAAGUCCUGCGGGAACAACCGUCCAGAGUGUUUGACUUCAUCGCAAACUACCUAUCAGUUCUCUUAAUAACGCGGGAAGAUGGUGUGAUGGCUGUCAAAAUUCUUGAUGAUCUGUGCGACUGUCGACCGUCAGUGUCACAACAUCUAUUGCAGCUGGGACUGGCAGAUGCACAAGCGAAAGAAUUAGCGCAGAUUAUAAAAGAAGAGAUCGAGGUGUUUGAACCUGUUGAGGGAAAAGAAAAAAUAAAAGAGAUGCAGAUUAUGAAGAAAAUAUUAACAAGAUCCGCCUUGGACGAAGCGAUGGCGUCCCAAGUGUGCCAAGUCGCUAGAAACGCUUAUCGUGAUUAUUGGUAUCGAAAGAAGACAUUAGAAAAGUCUUUAAAAAAUCGUCCCGAAGAGCCGUGGGAGAUUGCAGCGGAACGCACUUUGGAAAUAUAUAAACGUACAAAACCUUCAUUCACCGAGAUGAACAGAGCUGCACAAAGGAUACAAGCGGCAUAUAGAGGUUAUCACUUGCGGAGAAAUCUUCUCAGUCACUUGAAGCGUAAGCCUAAAAAAUCUGGACCGAAAGUGAACCUGCCGGGACCUCCGCAGGAUAUCUCCGGUUCUAGAAAUAUCGAGCUGGGACCUGUCAUUAAAAUAAAAGUGCCCAAGGACGACGUUCAUGCAAUGUUCGGUGAGCACGCUACGAAGAAGUUAGGUCUGCCCUACGACCCAAUGUUAACCAUCACCCAUGUGGUUGAUGAUGAUGAUGAUGAAAUUGAUCUUUCUGUGGGACGUUUGAGCACGAUCUCGGAUCGGCCACGGGAGAGCCGCUUGCCUAGUGCCGCGCCUAGCACUAUUUCUGAAGGAAGUUAG